GGCCCGUUGCCGUUUCCACCUCAUUUAUGCUUAUCGCUCUCUCUUUAUAUCUCUUUGUUUAAAUCAAUUCCUCUUAUUUCUUCUCAACACAAACCAAAAACAUAAAACACGUUGUUCAUAGAUCUCAAACAAAUCAUGUACUAUCCCCUCAGUUCUAGUUUGAUGUUCUUCAUCCUCUUCUCCUUAUUCUACCAUCUUCCUUGUGAAUCAAGUAAGUGUGAGAGUCUGUUUCAGUGUGGGAACAUCACCGCCAGUUUUCCUUUCUGGGGAGGGGAUCGUCACAAACAUUGCGGUCAUCCAUUGCUAGAGCUUCGCUGCGACCAAAACAAGAGUACCUCUUUAUUCAUCUCAGACCAAGAGUUCUUUGUUCUCCAUGUCGAUCAAACAUCUUACAGUCUUACACUCGCCAGACCAGACCUUUUACAUUCCUUUUGCUCCCUUACAUUCACCAACACAACCUUACCACCAGAAAUUUUCGAACUUUCUCCGGCCUACAAGAGCGUCACAUUCUACCACUGUUACCCGGUUCUUCCUGACCUUUCGAAUUAUACAUGUCCUGUUAUAGGUCCAAUCUCAGUGUCUGGAAACCCUGAAGAUCACGAAACCUGCUUUCCCAAUUUUGCCGCAAACGUUCCCACGAGUUUCGUCACGAAAGAGAAAAAAUUGAAUAUAGCCAAUUUGGAAAGUGUUUUGGAAAAGGGCUUUGAGGUGAACAUGAAUGUCAUCAUGAAAGCUUGUCAAGCAUGUUCAUACUCUAAUGAAUCCUGUGGCUUCGAUGAAAACUUUCCAUUCGAAGUCAAAUGCAAACCACACCAUUCACCAACUGGUAAGUUUCUUAUCCAUCACUAUCAUUUCCUAUCAAUUUUCUUUGACGUAUUAGACAUAACUUAUUAGUGAGCUUAGAAAGACGGUGAUGCAAGAUAUAUAACAUAACUUGUUUGAUAUAUUUUUUUUCCGAUUUGGCAUUAAUUUAGCGUUUAGUCGCCAAUCUAUUUCACUAAUUGAUUAACAAUGUUUUAAAUCAAUUUAUGUAUCUCUAUAUAUUGCUUUUUUGUUUAAUUUCCAAGAGUUUGAUAUGACCGGACCGUCCAUCAACUUUAAUAAGUGCACUAUAUCCAUAUAGUCUUCCAAAAUCUUAGCUUUAGACAAAAGAGAAAACAAAGUACAAAAAGUCUUCCAAAGUAAACUAAUAAAUGACACCACAAGUCUCCUCUUCAAGUCUCUUUCUCUCUCUCUUUGUUUAAAUCACUUCCUUUGCUCUCUCAACAUAAACCAAACACAAAAGACAGUGUUCAUAACUCUCAACAAAUCAUGUACUAUCUCCCAACUUCUUGUAUGUUCUUGUUUUUCCUCUUCUCCUCUUUCCACCCUCUUCUUUCUGCUUCAAGUAAACAAGAACUCGGGUGGUGUGAAGCUAAGUUUCAGUGUGGGAACAUCACCGCUGGUUUCCCUUUCUCCGGUGGGAAUCGUCCUCAAAUUUGCGGUCAUCCAUCGUUGGAGCUUCACUGCUAUAACAACAUGGCCUCUAUAAUCAUCUCAGACCACUUUUACAAUGUUCUCCAUAUAGAUCAAACAUCUAACACUCUUAGACUUGCUAGAGCAGAGCUGGAAGGUUCUUUUUGCAACGCUACUUACACAGCCACAACCUUGCCUUCCAAAAUCUUUGAGAUUUCAUCAACCUACAAGAGCCUCACUGUUUUCUACCUCUGCGACCCUAAGGUUUCUUACCGUUCGAGUUAUACAUGUCCUGGUAGAGGCCUUGUCUCAGUGUCUCAAAAUUCUGAUUACCAUAACUCCUGCCAAGACAGUUUCACGAUUAACGUUCCAAAGAGCUUUGUUCCAGAAGAGAAAGAGUUGGAUGUGACCAAUUUGGAAAGUGCUUUAAGAGAAGGAUUUGAGGUGAAGGUAAAGGUUGAUGAGAAAACUUGUCAAAAAUGUACAUCCUCUGGUGGAACCUGCGGCUUCCAAAAUUCAACACAGAUUUGCUGCAAGGAAGCCUCAUCAUUAGGAUGCAAUAAAGUCCAUCCACUACCUGAUGCUACUGAGCUUGAGCUUCACAGACGCUGCAAUGGCACGUUUAGCUGCGGCGAUCAGAGAGAACUCUUUUACCCUUUCUGGACAUCUGGUAGAGAAGACUGUGGCCACCCUGACUUCAAGCUCGACGACUGUAGCGGAAGAUUCGCAGAGCUUAGCAUUUCCUCUGUGAAAUUUAGAAUUCUAGCGUCGGUUUAUGGCUCUAAUAUCAUAAGACUCGGCAGAUCCGAAUAUAUAGGCGAUCUCUGUCCCCAAGAUCCUAUAAAUGCACCAUUCAGCGAAAGUGUCCUUCCAUUUGCUCCUAACACCGAGCUGCUGACUAUUUUUUACAACUGCAGCCGAGACUUUCCACAGCAAGUUACUAAUUUUGGAGACUUUGCUUGUGGGGAUGAUAGUGAUGAUGAUAGAAGUUACUAUGUGACGAGAAACCUCUCGUUUCCUCCACUCAGUGAGAUUAAUGACCUUUUAUACGACUUCAGUCAAUCUUGCGAUAGAAACGUCAGUAUUCCCGCAUCUGGAUCGACGCUUAACAUACUGCAGAGCACUCCGAGUAACGAUAAUCUAAAGAAGGCUCUCGAAUACGGUUUCGAGCUUGAACUUAACCAAGAUUGUCGGACGUGCAUAGACUCUAAGGGUGCUUGUGGAUAUAGUCAAACCUCAAGUAGAUUCGUCUGCUAUUCUAUAGAAGAGCCACAAACCCCUACUCCACCAAACCCUACUAGAAACAAGGAUACAAGCCUCUCUAUUGGAGCAAAAGCAGGCAUUGCGGUUGCUUCUGUAUCGGGUUUGGCCAUUCUUCUACUCGCAGGUUUGUUCUUAUGCAUCAGACGGAGAAGGAAGACUCAGGACGCUCAAUACACAAGCAAAAGCUUGCCUAUCACAUCAUACUCGAGUAGAGAUACAUCAAGAAAUCCAACUUCCACAACAAUCUCCUCCAGUAGCAAUCACUCUCUUCUUCCCUCAAUCUCUAACCUUGCAAACCGAAGCGACUACUGUGGAGUCCAAGUCUUUAGCUAUGAAGAACUUGAAGAAGCAACUGAGAAUUUCUCUAGAGAACUCGGGGAUGGUGGCUUCGGUACUGUCUACUACGGCGUGUUGAAAGACGGACGAGCUGUAGCAGUGAAACGACUCUACGAAAGAUCACUAAAACGCGUAGAACAAUUCAAGAACGAAAUCGAAAUCUUGAAAUCACUAAAACAUCCGAACCUCGUGAUCCUCUACGGAUGCACAUCAAGACACAGCAGAGAGCUUCUACUAGUCUACGAAUACAUCUCAAACGGAACUCUAGCCGAACAUCUACACGGCAACCGCGCAGAAGCUCGUCCUCUCUGCUGGUCAACCCGAUUAAACAUCGCAAUCGAAACCGCAAGCGCAUUAUCAUUCCUCCACAUAAAAGGAAUCAUACACAGAGACAUCAAGACUACUAACAUACUCUUAGACGAUAACUACCAAGUCAAAGUCGCCGAUUUCGGACUUUCACGGUUGUUUCCAAUGGAUCAAACACACAUAUCAACCGCACCACAAGGCACACCAGGCUACGUGGAUCCAGAGUAUUACCAAUGUUACCAAUUAAACGAGAAGAGCGAUGUCUACAGCUUCGGAGUCGUACUAACGGAACUAAUCUCAUCAAAAGAAGCAGUAGACAUUACUCGACACCGUCACGAUAUCAAUCUAGCGAACAUGGCUGUAUCUAAGAUUCAGAACAAUGCAUUACACGAGCUUGUGGAUUCGAGUUUAGGAUACGAUAAUGAUCCUGAAGUUAGGAGGAAGAUGAUGGCGGUGGCGGAAUUAGCGUUUCGAUGUUUGCAACAAGAGAGAGAUGUUAGACCGGCGAUGGAUGAGAUUGUGGAGAUUUUGAGAGGGAUUAAGGAUGAUGAGAAGAAGCGUGUGUUGGUGAAGUCGCCGGAUGUUGUGGAUAUUGAAUGCGGUGGUGGUGAUGAUGUUGGAUUGUUGAGGAAUAGUGUUCCGCCGCCGAUUUCGCCGGAGACUGAUAAGUGGACUAGUAGUUCUGAUACGGCGGCGAGUUUGUAAUUAGGGUUACUGUAAGUGGUUUUUUAAUCUGUGUUAAAAAAGGAUUCUUCUAUUUUUGUGUUUACAUUUUUUGGUUACCAAUUAAAAUGACAUUACUAUUAUUAGAGAUAUACAUACAUAUUACUACUCUUCCUAUCCUAUGUGGCUAUGUCACGUGUGUGCAAAUGUAACGUUCAGUAAUAUUAUUACUACUCUUCCAAUCCUAUGUGGCUAUGUCAC